AUGUCCCCAAUUCUUAGCUCUUCAUUCGCCAUCCCAAAGGGAUCAACUAUUCUUGUCACUGGCGUCAAUGGUUUUAUCGGUUCCCAUGUCGCAAACGAAUUCCUACAGCGUGGAUAUAACGUCCGAGGAACUACUCGCGAUACAUCCAGAGCCGCAUGGAUUAAAGACUUGUUCUAUCAACAAUACGGCAAAGAGAACUUCUCGCUCUGUCCUGUUGCUGAUUUGACUUCUCCUCAUGCUUUUGACGAGGUGAUAAAAGGCGUCGCUGCAGUCGUGCAUGUUGCUUCGCCACUGGGCCUUGACUCCGGCAUUGAGACCAUGAUACCCGAUGCAGUCGCUAGCGCCCUAAAUGCUUUGGAAGCAGCCAACAAUGAGCCAAGUGUAAAGCGUUUUGUAUACACUAGCUCUUCAACCGCAGCAGUUUUCCCCGAGGCAGAGGUACCGGUUAUGGUGGGUACGGAUACCUGGAACGACAAGGCUCUUUCAAUCCUACAGAACUCAGCCUCAACACCUGAAUGGUAUGUUGCGUAUGCCGCUAGCAAGGUUGAGGCGGAGCGAGCCGUAUGGAACUUUUAUCAUAAUUAUGUGACGCGUCGCUCUGACUUGAUCGUGAACACGGUACUUCCGAGUACAAACUUUGGUAAAAGCCUCGAUUGGAAGCAUCAGGGAUACCCAUCGACGUCGUCAUUCAUCAAGACCUUGUGGAGCGGUACUGCUCUAGAUUUACUAACCAAUGCCUCACCUCAAUAUUUUAUCGAUGUACAGGAUGAUGCGAAGCUUCACGUUGCGGCGACCUUGCUAGAUGGUGUCCGAGGGGAAAGGAUCUUCCCUUGGGCAGAAACGUGGAACUUGGACCAAAUUCUAGCUAUUCUACGGGCGCAGAAUCCCGACAGAACUUUUGUCAAGGACUUCCAGGCUAUGCGAUAUUUGGCGGAUAUCGAAAAGCCGAGAUUACGGUGCAUUCAGCUUUUGCAAGCGCUGGGUGAAACUGGUUUUACUUCUUUAGAGGAGAGUGUCAGGCUCAAUAGCGAGGACUUGGCCAGGGCUGCUUGA